CGUAUUCAAGUGUAACUGAUACAAUCGAUUUCAUAUAAAAACACGAUUUAUUACGGAUGUGCGUGAAUUUGAACGUUCAAACUGAAUAUUGUUUGAAAUAACACGAUUCAAACAAGGAAGACAAGUAAUAUAUCUAUAUAAAAUGGAAAAGCAAUCUAUUUAAACUAAAUUGCGGACUGUUUAAUUCUACAUGAUGGUAGUGCACCCUUGUGAUAAAUGUCCCUAUACACCUGGAUGUGGUUCCUGGGGACCGUGCAGUGUUACAUGCGGAAAAGGCGUGAUGUUCAAGCAGAACGAAGAUGGAAGCUGCAAAUCUAGUUUUUCAUGCAAUUAUCCAAGGUGUUUAGAUAUCACAACACCGGUUGUUACCACUCCAAACGAUAACGUCUCUACUAGAGACAACAUGCUGGGGUUCAAGAUCGCAAUUCCUCUUGUGGCAGCUGUUGUCAUCAUCGCAGCUGUUUUGGCCUUAAUUUUUAUUCGAAGAAAACGUCGAAAUGAUAAAACGCAGUCAGCUAAGGCUCUGAAUUCACUACAGAACGUGCCUGAGGGAGGGAAACACGUGUAUUCUGCGGACAACGUAGCGUUCACUCCGGACUAUGACAUGGCAUUGGAGGAUAGGGAAUAUAAUUACGUUCAAUCCAAUUCUUCUGAAAAGGGUUUGAGCGAUUAUACUUAUGCAAAUCCUACUAAGGGUCACCAAGUUUCCAGAGAAAAGGUCGGAGGUAUGCAAAAUGUGGCUGCUUCGUCAGGUACCGAGUAUGAUUACACUUGUAGCAAACAAAUGAGUCUGGUUGGUCAUGACCAGGCGGUGUAUAAUCAUCUGGGCCACGGUCAACCGAUGAGCACUGCAAAUGUGAGCGACAGUACGUACGACACUAAUCAGUUCCCGAUCCUGCAAUGCAAGAGCGAUCCAUCUGAUUACGACCACCUUGGACGUAGAGUGGCUAAGAUCACAGACAACCAUGGUGAUGAAAAGUCUUACGAUCACCUUCCAAACCCAGACCAGUCCCUACCAAGAGGUAACUCACAACCAUUUGAUCCGACGUAUAACCAGCUUGGGUCGGUUUGAAGAAAUGCUGCCUUCAAACACAGAGAUUUGGACCAUUCGCAUGGUCACCUUCCGAACUAAUAUUUUAAACAACAAUAUGACUGACUAGUUACCUUGUAUAACCUAUUGAUAAACUAUGCGCAUCAUCUGCAGCUAUUAUAUUUUUUGCAACACGUGACUGAAUCACUUUGUGUGAGUCUGUGGAAACAUUCGUUUACCGUGCACAUUGAUUAACAAGGAUGGAAACUUAUCAAGUAGACACCAUAUUUUUCCAUAUUUAAACAUACAUAAAAUACACCUUAGAAACCAAAACCAAUCACUCCCGAAUACCGAUCAUAUUAAAGUUCGAAGUUGGGUUC